GGCAGGAGGAUGCCUCGCGCCGGGACAGGGCGCCAACGGCCGGAGCGCGUCCCCGGUCCUACUAGGACCGCUUGAAAACUGAGCCCGCGCUGACCGAGCCUGGGCCGGAUGGGCGCAGCGGACCCUGCCGCGGACCGCCGAGCGGCCGUUGCACUGGCUUUCUCUUGUCCCAGUGUGUGGACCGCACCACACGCCCUCCUGACCAGCAACGGCUCUUGCGCAUGCUUUUCGGUGUUUUUAUCGGAGAGUCCGGCAGAGCCCUAGCUCCUCCAGAGCUGGCCCAGAACCGAGUGACAAGUGCCCAGCAGACAUGGUAAAAAUGACCAAGUCCAAAACUUUCCAAGCUUAUCUGCCACACUGUCACAGAACUUACAGCUGCAUCCACUGCAGAGCCCAUCUGGCCAAUCACGAUGAGCUCAUCUCCAAGUCCUUUCAGGGAAGCCAGGGGCGAGCCUACCUCUUCAACUCUGUGGUGAAUGUGGGCUGCGGCCCCGCUGAGGAGAGAGUCCUUCUAACUGGGCUGCAUGCAGUGGCCGACAUCUACUGUGAGAACUGCAAGACCACACUCGGGUGGAAAUAUGAACAUGCCUUUGAGAGCAGUCAGAAAUACAAGGAAGGAAAAUUUAUUAUUGAACUUGCCCACAUGAUCAAAGAUAACGGCUGGUAACGUGAAGCGGUCUGCUCCGGUCUGAAUACUACUUUAGGAAGCUGAGUGGAAAGAAGAUCUGACUUCUUGGUGACAGUGCUCCUUGAACUUACCCUCACAGGCUAGCCCAGUCUCAACACUUGAAGGGGGCUCUCUAGGCUGUCCACUUGGUAAGGUGCCCCAUCUGAAUCCCCUUGAUGUACUCCUGGAAGUUUGCAUUCUUUUUCUAACUUAAGUUCUAGAGGAAGAAUUGACCAGCUGGUGACUCCCCUGCCUAGUGAGUACUUUCUUACCCUCCGCCUGCAACAUCUUCUGGCUGUUUUUUACCAAACCCAAGUCCCUAAAAGCACAGAAGCAGGGUCUCUCCCGAGCAAAGACACAGUGGCCAGAAGUAGUCAGCAAAUUUACAUGCGAAGCAUGUCUCUUAAAAAACUGAAACCAGCCGCUGGUAAGACGGUAGAGAAGCUAAAAAAGUAAGCAUCCGGUGUGCAUCUUAGGGAAUAGGGAGCUUCCUGAUGUAGAAGGCAAGUGACUUGACCAGUGGCUGAACACUCUGUUCCAGGCCUCCUGGAGUUUGCCACAGAGCUGCGGCAGCACAGAGGCUCGUGCAGGGCUGGUCCCUGCGACAGAGCAGCAGGCUAGGAUUCACUUUCUACCCUGGAUGUACUUGAAAUAGUUAUGCAUACAGAGGCCAGAGCCAGUAGGGAAAACUGUACAACCUGAGAGUUUUCCAUGAUGAAGGAAGAGUUAGCUUAGUAUGGGAGCUACCUUUCCUGCCUGGAAUCACCUCACAGCCUGACAGGGAGAACCUGGCCAUCCCUUAAGCCUGGGCUCUCAGAUUUUCCGUCACAACCCAUCUUCCCCCAUGCAUCCCUAAGGAGUGGCCAAUUUGCAGAGAGGAUGGAGGGCAGAGCCAUUCCCAGAUAGUUUUAUUGUUUUAUACCCUACCCAGGGAGAGCAGAAAGGCAGGAAGAAGGCCUAUGCAGGCUGAGAGCCCUUGAGCCAUGAAGGCAGCAUGAAAGGAAAGCGCUUAGCACCAGCUGCUCUAGAGCUGCCUGAGGUCCUUUGGGCUCCAGCCCCAAACCCUCUCAGCCCAGAUCAUCUGGCCAGCAGAGGCAGGCAGUCUACUCCAGCUCGCUUCAAAGCCUACAUUUUGGUACCAUUUCUUUGCCCAAGAUUCGAAGCUAGGUGAUACAAGAGAUACCCGGGGAAUUAGAUGACGCUGGCACGGUCUGUGGGCCUCUAGGCCCGGCCCUAGCCCAAGCUGCUUUCUUCCCAACAAUUUGUUUUCCUCCAGACUAAGGCUGACCCAUAGUAAAGUCACUCCACCUAGUAAGGUAAGUGCUGAGUAUCAGCAAGGCAGCGAUGUGACCCUGGCCAGGCUCCAUGCCAUCCAUAUCUAGGAAUGAACACUAGUCAACAGUCAGCUCAGAGUGGACAUGCCAGCCGGGCUAGUUUCUAAUCCUUCUGAAAGUGGGGACUUGGUGGCCGAGGCGUGGGAGACCUGAUGUCAACGGUGGGAAGAAAGGCAAGGGUAACCUGAGUAUAAUCCUAUCUGUGCUUCACUUAGGCCGAAGAAUCUUGGAGAAUUCUUCUCACCAGGUUUUGUAUAUACUAAGAUUAUAUUUACAGACUUUUUAUGUCCUGGGCAUGCUACCUGCCCUCCCUUCAUCUGAGCACUUUGUAUUGUCUUUUGUGAGAACACUGACCAGAGCCUUUUUGCUGUACUCUUUAUGACUUACCUGUAUUGGGAGUGACAGACACAAAAAGGUUUAUCAAGUUUUUUUGGAUUUUGUGUUGGCCUUCUGUGAAAUAUAAACUUUUUUAAACCAAAAGAACUGACCGUGAGCUGGCUUCAGGUUAAGAGUUGCAAGACCACAACCAGGUGUGCUUGCCCAGCUCCCCUCCCAUUUCUAAACAGUGUCGCUCUGGGACUAUUCUAAAAAUGUUAUCGUCAGAACGGAAGGUGAUACCAGGUCAUAAAGGCCACUUUGCUUUAGAAUGUGGUGUAUUUUGUUGCUGUCUUGUUAGUGUGUGUGUGUAUAUAUAUAUAUAUACAUAUAUAUAUAUAUAUAUAUACAUAUACAUAUAUAUAUAUAUAUAGUAUUUUUAUACCUUAACGCUUAUUCUUGAUGGCAUCUGUCAGGUAUUUGAAAAGAUCAGAUUUUUUUUCCUCAGAAAAAUCCUUUAUUUUCUGAUGACCUCAUCAGGCGGUUUUCAAAAUCCAUGUGUCUUUACUGUCUAAAAAACUACUAUUUAAGCUGUAGACAAGUAACCCAUGGACAUGCGAGCCCUGGUAGGCUGUCCUCUGUGCCCCUUGGGACAGUUGUAGGCUGCUAAGCAAGGUCGACUGCACGGUGAUAUGGAAACAGCAGGAGUUCACCAUGAGCAGCGGGAGCCAAGCUCAAGCAUACAGAGCCCUUGGCCUCCCUGUCUCCUAGCCAAAGCUGUCAGCCCUUGGUGCCAUGUCUGUGUGAGGUAUAAAAAUAAAGCCUGUUGUCAAACGGCAA